UUAAUUUUACAUUCCUGAAUUUUGACAGUAGUGGGAGUAAAUCUGAAGUUGAAGAAUGAAAACGUCAAAGUUGUACUAAAAUAUCUCUUUUACAAUGUUUAAACUAGUGAAAUUUGUAAACAAAAAUCCGAAGAAGCUUUUAUGUUUACGGGGAAAGCUCAGCAAAGGAAGUUAAUUAAAUAUUUCUUAGGUUUAAGACCAACAUCCCAAAAUGGCUUCUGGUGACACAAUAGAGACUAUUGAAAAUGUGGAAAAUUCUGUGAUAUAUAAUACUCCUAAAGAACACCCUUCUGUGCAAGAAAUUCAUUAUCAGAAAGAUAAAGAUGCUAUUUCAAUUGAAAGAGGAGAUUCAGAUGGUAAACAAAAUGUUCCAAAAUCAGGAACUAAUACAAUACUUAGAACAAAAGCAGAAAGAGAAAAAGAUAGGGAAAGGAAAAUUGGUCACCGAAGGGUGGGAGUGGGGGGUGAAAUCACCUAUAAAAAAAUACAAACAUCUCAAAUUAUGGGAUCUAUACAAUUGGGAAUCCAACAUGCAGUGGGUGGUCUAGCAUCUAAACCUGAGAGAGAUCUUCUUAUGCAAGAUUUUAUGACUGUAGAAACUACAACUUUUCCAAGCGAGGGCUCUAGUCAUACUCCUGCCCAUCAUUACUCAGAAUUCAAAUUUAAAAAUUAUGCUCCCAUUGCAUUUAGGUAUUUUAGGGAACUAUUUGGAAUUCAACCAGAUGAUUUUCUUAUGUCAAUGUGUAGUGCUCCACUAAGGGAAUUAUCAAAUCCAGGUGCCAGUGGUUCAUGAUUUUACUNGAUAUAUAUUAAUGUUCAAACAUUUAUUCUUAUUUUUUUUAAUAAUAUAGGAAACUUGUUUUAAAAUGCGAUUUAAUUGUAAAUUAACUUUUUAGGUUAUUAUAUGAAUUUAAAUCAAAAUCCUAGGACGUUGCUACCAAAAUUUUUUGGUUUGUACUGUUAUCAGUGUAAUAGUAAAAACGUACGAUUAGUUAUAAUGAAUAAUUUAUUACCUAGCUCUGUUAAAAUGCAUCAAAAGUACGACCUGAAGGGCAGCACAUACAAGCGAAAGGCCUCGAAAACGGAAAGGCAGAAGCGUUCGCCGACAUUUAAAGACUUGGAUUUCAUGGAGCAUCAUCCAGAAGGGAUUCUUAUGGAAGCAGACACUUACAGUGCACUUGUCAAAACUAUACAGAGGGACUGUCGUGUACUGGAAAGCUUCAAAAUAAUGGACUACAGUCUUUUGGUUGGAGUGCACAAUUUGGAUCAAGCUCAAAAAGAAAAACAGCAAGAAAAGAAGGUUGAAGAAGCCCUAGAUCACGAACUUUAUCAGAGAGAGGCAGGAGAAGAUCCUAGUGUUGCCAUGGUUUACGUUGAAAGAGAGAAAGAAAAAGAUGACCGAAUAGGGGCGUCUUCCCUUAAUAGAACGCGAUCGAUUAAUCGUCAAAGGCUUGUAGCCCAUUCGACCGCUAUGGAAAGCAUUCAAGCGGAAUCCGAACCCAUCGACGAAGAGGAAGAUGUACCGCCUGGAGGAAUACCUGCAAGAAAUGCAAAAGGCGAAAGGUUAUUACUUUUUAUCGGUAUCAUAGACAUCUUGCAGAGCUACAGGCUGAAAAAGAAGUUGGAGCACACCAUUAAGUCCAUGAUUCAUGAUGGCGACACCGUUUCAGUUCAUAAUCCAAGUUUUUACGCUUCCCGAUUCCAACAGUUCAUGGCAAACAAAGUUUUUAAGAAGAUACCCUCGCUGGACUUGCCUGAAAUUAAGGGCAACCAUCGCAAGUUUCGAACACUGGUUACCAGCUACAUAGCUUUAAAACACUCGCCAUCAAAGAGGAAAUCCUUGGUUCAAAGACCAUUUAGAGGACAUGAAGAUUUUGAUAACAAUACUACGGCGCAAGUCCAGUCCAGUUCUAGUCAACAAAAUGGAAGUAAAACUGUGUCGCCUACAGAAACGGCUGCCGCCAAAGUGCCCCCCGUUCCUUCAAAUGUUCCCGCGUUAGUGACGUCAUCCCCGCCUGCCUUGACAUCACCCCCAAAUUCCUCUUAUCCUGCCAUUCUUGUGGGAAGCCACUCUCUGAGGAGUAGCGACCACAAACCCAAAGUUCCUCCCCCAGUACCACCCCGCGGCACCCAAAAAGUCAAACGAGGCGGAACCAGUAACGGCGGUAAAGGUAUAGUGCCAAGCUGCUGCAGCACUCCCCCACCCACAUUCGACGAAGUACUGGAACAGACCGCAACCGCUGUUUCGUCAUCUGUACUUUCUUCUUCAGUCUCCGCGAGGGGAAGGCUCAUGUCACACCACUCGUCUCAACACCCAGGCAGCGGAAGAGGAACAUAUCGGGAUGAUGCUAUCAGCAUAAGUGACAUUAAGUUGGAAUCUCGACCUGAAAAUAAGUCAACUUUAAGUGUAGAGUCUGGCAGUUCGGGUGCUGGUCAUUCGAGCCAUUCACGUAUGCUGGCCUGGACGCCUCCCGCGUCGGUGGAAGGAUCCACCCCCACGUGGACCGAGGGUACACCUUCUUUCACGGAGUCGUCAAGUAGCGGAGAUAUGGGCUGUCCCACAACGCCCUUGCGAAAAGUCCCCGCAUCUUCGCUUUCGACCACAGUCAUUCAUCAUAAGGACACCGUGGAAAAUGCCAUCAAUUGUCUAACCACUGAAGUGGAGCACCUCAGGCAGCGUGUUGAAACUGAUUACGUGUGAGACAAGUUGAAUAAUAUCGAAUAUUUGACAGUGUAAUAGCACACAUUUACACAUACACAUGCACAGUUUUACGUACUUACAACCUACCUACUAAUACAUACGUUGUUGUUGCAAAUAAAAAAAAUGCUUUUUAGAAAUGAUAUAUUUAAG